AUGAGGACCCUCUACUCUUUGGCGCGUCGUUUUCCGGAUCAUAGAAAAUUCAGCUCAAUGGGGCCCAUCUCAGGGAUCUCUCUGGCGGCAACGAUAUGUGUUUGGCAAUGGGCUCACGACUUCCUGUGGAGGCCUCGGCUCCUCCUCCAGGCUUUCAAGCAGCAAGGCGUCUUGGGACCGAUCCCACGCUUGUUCCUCGGAAACUUGGAUCAAAUGCGCGAGCUCAUGGCAGUAGAAGUUGCCAAGAGUUCCACUGGCGAGAUUAGCAACGACCAUCAUGCUGGCGUUGUGGCGAAAGUUCUUCCCUACUAUGCAGCGUGGUCCAGAUCAUGCGGUGAAACGUUUUUCGUUUGGCGGGGAUCACAGCCAAGGCUGAUGAUAAGCGAUCCAGAGCUGAUGAAAGAAGUGCUUUGCGACAAAAGUGGGAGCUUUGACAGAGAACCCGGCCAGCAUGCCGCCAGGGAUUUGUUUGGAGAUGGGAUUGCGUUGCUGACUAUGAAUAAGAGAUGGUCUCUUUGGCUUUCCACAGCGAGAAGCUCAAGUUGAUGAUCGAUGCUAUGGUAGCUUGUGUCGAGGAGAACCUCAAGCAGUGGAAGACCACCGAUGGACCGGUGGAUCUUGCGUUAAAGCUCCGAGACAUCACACGGGAUGUUUUGUGCCGGACGGCUUUUGGGACGAGCUACACUGCAGGGAAGGAAGUUUUCCAGAAGAAAAUCGAGCAGCAAUACAUUCACUUGGAGUGGCAAGGUCAAGUUCAUCUCCCAGGUUUUAGAUUUCUUCCAACGUCCACCAAUCGACGCAGGUGGCCGAUUG